AUGAACUUGCUUUCGCUCAACGACGACGUCCUCCUCCAUAUCUUCACCCAUCUACAGGGAGGAGAUGCACUCCGCGUAUGCCUCACUUGCAAAGGAAUCUACUGCUUAGCUAUAGGUCGGGUCGCUUCUGUGGCGCAAUGCUGGAGCCCACCGCAGCUCCGCCAACUGUGCGACUACUUUUCGUCUCCCGAUUCCUAUACGGCGGUCCUUCGAGCCAAGUAUCUGGAGAACUUGACAAUACAUGCUUCUACAUUUGAAAAGGACCUAUAUGCCUCUGACUCACAGGGAGUUGACAUAGACGAUCUCGAAUUGGACGGUCAGUCCCUCGUCGGAACGGACUUCUCUCAGGCCCAUCUCGUCGGGGAGCUGUUGCUCCACGCGCAGAAUAUCCAAGAGCUCUCCCUGGAUCGGUUCCAUGCUCUCAUAGAGGCACACGCGAGCAUACCCGGCUCGUUUUCCUCCAUGCAUCGACUUGCGCACGUCCGGCUUUCAAUGGUGGGUGACGGCACGCUCGAUUCGCUUCGAUACCUAGCGGAUCCAAAACGUCUCACACUUUCAUACCACACCGAAUACGACGACCCGUUGGAUGAGCCAAAGACUCUUCCGCCUCUCGUCCAAGCCCUCGCACGAUUCGAUAACCUCCACACGGUGAAAUUGUGGAAUUUCACACCACCGCAUACAGAGUCCGCCGCCCUCCCCUACCUCCCUUCCGUCCGCUAUCUUCGCUUAAGCCAGUCAUCGGUACCUGCACUCAGCAUGGUCGAGCUCUGUCCCAACCUCUCUACGCUCGUGUUCUCGGUAGACAGCGACUUUGGCGACGUGGUUGCGAGCUCUGGUCCACGGUGGCACCCACUUCGCCGACUCAUGCUGGCGACCCCUGAAGAAGCCGUAUGUGUCGUGGAUCGCGUGAAGACUGUUGAUCUCCUGCAGAUAGCGGGUGCACUGGAACUCGUCGGGUUCAGCGCUCCCGAGGACGGAGACGCUGUGUCCCAGUUCCUCGAGCUUCUUAGCACCGCAUCCCCAAUCAGUCUCUAUGUGUCCGUCCGAGUCGGAAUGGGCGGGUUCUCUUCCUCGUUCUGGAGGGACAUCACAGCUUAUGCUCCCAGGCUACGCUCUUUGGAACUCAAGCUAUACCACUUCCUAUCCCAGUCUGGAGAAGAUGGCGACUGGCUGACUCGACUCUAUCUUGAAGCACUUCGGGGCAUACAUGUACACGUGCUGAAGAUCUUAGUUCCCCCAACGCCGCAGCCGAUUCGCAUGAUAUACUCCUGGGAACUGGACUCCGAGGUGGACAACCUGGGUGCAUUGUCAGAUGCGAAGACGCGCGAGAAAGAACGCGUGUAUGCUCUGGCUGCGCUUCCGCGUCCCCUCGUCGACGCGAUACCAUCGCUUCGCUACCUUUCAGUCGCUGACAUGGCGCCCAACCCGGCCCUUUGGGAUGACUCGUUAGUGGAGUCGCACGAUGUCGCUUCCAACGGCACACGGAAGGAUGUCGUCUACGAGUGGGACGAACUGAGGCACGUCGAUUGCAUCAGAGAGCAGCGUUGGUGGAAAAUCGUCGACGACCGUGGUCGGAGGAGUUUGGUGGAGAUAUCGGAGGACGAGGGAAGGGACGCGCAGCACAUGAUAGAGGAAGGUGGCUCUGCGAUGACCGCACAUAUCGAAGGCGAGUACAUCUCACGCUGUCAUCUAGUACCGCGUGUGGACUAA